CCUAGGAUGUUCAGAAAAAACUAGCAUUAAUUUUGUGGUUAUGUUUCCACAUGGUUUUAUUUAUUAUGGUUAUAUUUCACACGAAUGUUUUGUGCGAAUAUGUAAAUUAAAAUAAUAUAAUCUAAUUAUUAUUCAUUGUUAUUAUAAUUGUAUUGUAAAGCUAUUUCUGCUUUUUGAGAAGAAAUUUUGAAAGAAUGGACAAAAUAAGUGAAGAGAGAACCUGGACGGAAGCUGAACGCUUGGAACUCGCUGCUAAACUGGAUGCUGAAUUAGACGAAUAUAUAAGUAAUCUAGAAAAGAAGAGCUAUACGGAAGGAUGGCCGGAAGACAAAUGGCAAGAAGAAAUGGAAAAACAUCCUUUUUUCAUGAAAAAAGCGCCGGAACCUGGCGAAGAAUUGUCUCCAUUGAUGGAGGGACUGCAACAGCUUAAGUACGGAGAGGACGAGAAUACCCCUGAAGAAUUAGCAAACAAUUACAAAGAGGAUGGUAACUUUAAUUAUAAAUACAAAAAGUAUCGUCUUGCCAUCCUUAGUUACACUGAGGGAAUAAAAACUAAAUGCAAAGAUGACAAUCUGAUGGCACAACUUUAUAAUAACAGAGCUGCGGCUCAUUUUAUGUUGCAAAAUUAUAGAUCAAGUUUAAAUGAUUGCAAAUUAACUUUAAAGUUAAACCCACAAUAUUGGAAGGCUUUAAAUCGAGCUGCUACCUGUAGUUAUCAUAUUAAGAAUUACGAUCAGUGCAUUGAUUUAUGCGAUCAGUUUCUUAAUCAUAGUCCAACUGAUAAAGCAAUACUAAAGUUAAAAUCGGGUGCUGCGGCUGCAAGGGAACGUUUCUUAAGAGAUAAGAGAAAACAGGAAAAACUUGAGAGAAAGUUGGAUAAUGAGAAAGAGAAAUUGCUGGAAGCAAUUUGGCAGAGAGGCAUCAAUCUAGAAACAACGGAUGGUAAACGAAACUUGGAACUGAAAGAUCUGGAGCCACAAGCACCGCAAAUAGCGCAAUGUAGAGUACAUUUCGACGAAAAGGAUAAGCUUGUAUGGCCAGUGAUAAUUUUAUAUCCAGAAUCGCAGCAAACUGAUUUCAUACAAAAUUUUCAUGAAGAUGCAUCAUUAAUAGAGCACUUGGCAAAAUUGUUCGAAGAGCCUCCGGAGUGGGAUGUAAAACAUCAUUAUACUGUUGAAAAUAUAAACGUGUACUUUGAGGGCAAAAACAAAUGCUCCGUUCAUAAAGUUGAUGUCCAACUUACAUUAAAUAAAAUAUUACAGAAUAAGCAAUUUAUAGUUCGUGGCGGUACUCCGGCUUUCCUGAUAUUUGUAAAGUCCAGUGAAGCAGAACAAUCUUUUUUGACACGAAGUUCGUGCAACGAUCCUGUUUUCUCGUCGAGAACCGUGGAAGGUAAUUCGCGAAAAACGGCGAACCGUCACUACGGGGCGUAUUACGCGAACUCGUACGCGUGCAGCAACGGCGCACCGAGCGUGUACACCAGCAACGUUGGUUGCUGCACCACCAUCAACGGCGGCGGCGGCUUCAAUGCGCAGCAGCCGCAACUGCACGAGGACUACCGGCCAAUAUAUUUUUACGUGGCGCAACCGUACACGAUACCUUACGCCUUCGCUAAGAGACCGAAGCCCGCCGCCGCACCGUCAUCGCUACUGAGGACGGCCAAAUCGCGCGGCAAUCAUUGCUGCGCCAAGUUUCCCAAGCGCCUCAGCAACGUCGACUUUUCGCAGAAGGUCAAGCAAGGAGAAUUCUCCCGCAGCCUGAACCAGGUGCACUUCGCGGAGAGGCAGGGUCAAGUAUUCGCGAACUUCCCGAGAGCCGGAGCAUCGUCUCGCGACCCGAGAAUGACGUCGAUGUUUCGGAGAGGAACAAUUUUCGCGACGUUUUUCCUGUCGUUGCUGGGUGGCGGGCUCGUGUGUGCCGCUCUCGUGACGCAGCAUUGGGUCGAGGCGCGACCGUGGAGAACGCCGAAUCCCCAGGAAAGCGCCGGCCGCGUACACUUCGGUCUGUUGCAAGGCAAAAAGGAACUGAACGUUGCUUACGGAUGGAGGACGUAUCACGUAUCUGUUCCUCAAAUGAUCCGGCAAGAUCCUUCGGUGAUGUCGUGGGCUCUCUGGAUCGGCACCUUAACAACGACCGCGGCUGCUCUCUUAGCGGCCGCUCUCGCCGCACUCUUAGCGGUUUUAAAUACUGCCACUUCACCAAGGUCAAAGAUUUUAUCUAUCCCGGGCGUAUACUUUAUAAAUAUAUUGACGCUAUUAAUGUGCUUAGCAAGCACUUGCACUUGGUUGGCGCAGUAUUACACAAGACUGUAUGCCAAUGUGCUUCCGAAAGAGGAUAUCGACAAUAUGUGGACCAGCGAGGGCUCUGCUGAGCUCGGUUACUCAUUUUGGCUCGUCGUUAGCGCUGGUGUUGUGCAUCUUAUCAGCAUAGCGCUCGUCGGCUGGGGAUCGGGUAAAAAGAAAGAUGAUUGUUUGGAACCAAUACCGGCGCUUGAAGAAAAAACCGCCGCAGCGAUAAUGUUAUAUUAAACGUUAGUAUAUAAAUAACAUUAACGUUCACGCGGACAUUUAAAUAUUUCAAUUACGCUGAAAUGCAAAGGAAUUCUGGAAUUCAAAUACGCCUGUAUGAAAAAUUCCCGAAGUCGCGAGUCAAGUGAGCGGAGAUUAAACAGCGGUAUGCUGCCAGAUAGCGAUAUUCGUUCACGCAGAUUUGUGCCUCGCACAGUUCCUAGAUAUCUGCCAAGUAAUUUCUUGCCUAGGUAUAAUUUAUUCGUGGCAAAUAUAUCUACGGUCUGAGCAUAGAAUGUAAGUAUGAGUAUUUGAUUGUGGAAGCGUGAGUCGCGCUAAUAGAGAGCGAUUCUCGUCGCAACGAGUAUGAAUGCAUGACGUACGAAUCACGACAGAGUAUUCGUAUCGCAAACUUUUUUUAACUGAUGUCGGAUAGCUCGCUUUUGCAUCUCACUGAUUUAAAGUAAUUUUUGCUUUACGAUUGUUCCAUUAUCAUGAUAAUAGAUCUUAUAACGAUCUAUAAAAACGUGCAGAUUUAAAAAUAAGUUUAAAUUAGUAAAAAGUUGAAACGUUAUAUAUUAUUACAAUAUUGCAUAAGCGUAUAUAUAUAAAUUAGAUAACAGCAUUACAAUGGUAUUAUUAUAUAGUCCUGUUAUAGAUAUGUGCAUCAAUUAUAUUAGAUUAUACUUUUUUUUACUAAAUUCAUGAAGAACACGUUUUACUUAUGGUCGAUUACGAUUCAAGUUUCCAUACCUCUUACUUAAUACCGCGUAAACGGAUGAAAUUGAGCAUGGACAAAUAUUUUAUUGUAUGUAAGUUAUAUAUAUAUUAUAUUUUCUUAUUGAUAAGACCGCAAUCUGAACAAUUACUGUGUCCUUCGUUCAAUGAAUUUCUAUCAUUAGAUAGUAGUAUAAGUAUUGAUAUACAGAUUUAUAAAUUAUAUGUGCUAUUAUAUUCUAAAUUUCCCAUAUUUCACAGUAAAAAUCGUUUUUCUAUAUUUUAUUAGUUUUUUUCCAAGGCGAUUGUUUUGACUGGGCUUUUGCGAACGACAAUAUAUACUACGUAUAAUCCAAAUAAUUAAAGAAAUAUCUAAUAAGUAAAUGCGAUGUCGUAAAUUCCUAAACUACACGUGGAGCAUAUCGGAAAGUGUAAAUACAAUGAAAGAAAGCGCUUGCUCACGAAAAAUGUAUUUAUUAUUGUAACGAAAUGUUAUAAUAAAGCGAAUGAAAUUACAUUG